AUGCUGAUUAUGGAGUUGAGGAAGGGAUGGAGCACCAGCCUCAAUUUCAACGGCAUCCGCUUCAGACCCGGUCUGAUAGUAAUAGAAUGCCGGGACGACAAUACCAGAGACUGGUUGGUAUCCGUCGUACCCAAGAUGGCCGCGGUAGAAGGAGUGCAACUCAAAACCUGCAUGGGGGAGCAGCUCCUGGAACUGGAGAUCGUAACAGUUCAUCUACCGCGGUCAUCAGGUGAACAGGAGCAGACGUCCCCGGACCCCUUGAAGGGACAGAAUACAGACCUUCUCCCGGACACCUGGACUGUGCUGAAGUACAUGGAGACGAGGGGGGGAAAGCUGGUGACCCUAAAAGAAAGGGCGCAGCACCGACAGUGCCACCCAGUCGGGCCUAGCACCGCAGUGGCUGUCCCCGACGAGGUGAACACAGUCGAGAGUGAUGCACUAGCAGAACUCGAGGCUGAUGCUGACAAUGCAUCGCUGGAAGGCCUAGACCUGGCAGGGCUACAGGUGGGAGAAUCGGAGGAUGGCAAGUCCGAAGACAAGCAAACGCUCGUCUCAGAUAGCCUAGACGAUAGUCUAGCACAGGAAGAAGGAAGGAAGAGCAAGCGAGCCCACUUUCGCAAGUUCUGUACCAACAUAGAAAAGACACCACCAGCAGCGAGGGUGCUCAAAGCGAUUUCAAACGCAAGGGGCAUUCAAGAACUCUGCCUAAAGAAAUCGGACGGUACAUUCACGGAGAAUGAGGAAGAGAAGGCUAGGCUUCUACUCCUUACACAUUUUCCUUACACAUAG